GAUGAGACGAAGGAGAAAAACAGACGACACUAACCAGAAAACUUUUACGGAAUUGAACAACAGGAUUUGGACGAUGUUUCUGGUGCCGAAGUGGUGGAUUUUGAUCGUUUUUCUGACAGACGUCCUCCCUUUCCAUUGCUCAGGGGUUCACGUGUUUGUAAGAGAUGACAAGAGGUAUGCCGUGCUGUUCCAGUCAGUGGUUCUGCCGUGUCAGUACAACAGCGUGUCCACCCAGACCCCUGUGGUGCAGUGGGUCUACAAGUCGUACUGUCGGGACCGCACACGGGACUCAUUCAACUUCGCUGACAGCCUGAGCGGAGGCCAGGGAGGAGGUGGACUGACGAGCGGAGCCAGAGGAGCCAGUGGAGGGUACGAGACAGGGAUGACGGCGAGCUACCUCGACUGUGCUGACAGCAGCCGGACGGUCCGAACCGUGGCCUCCAUCUCUGGUUCCUCGAUCACACUGUCGGAGUACUACAAGAGCAGAGACAUCUCCAUCAUCAACAAAGCAGACCUGCGCAUAGGAGAAGUCCAGUGGGGUGACAGUGGAGUUUACAUCUGUAAAGUGGUCAUAUCUGAUGAUUUAGAGGGACAGAACGAAGCGUCUGUGGAGUUGCUGGUUCUGGAGUGGGUGUUUGUGGCCUGUGUGGCGCUGGGCAGUGUCUUAUUCCUGCUGUUGGUUGGUGUUUGUUGGUGCCAGUGUUGUCCUCACUCCUGCUGCUGCUACGUCAGCUGCUGGUGCUGCCCGGACACAUGCUGCUGCCCAAGACACCUUUAUGAAGCAGGUAAGGGUAUAAAGACGGGCACGUCCACCCCUCAGUCACCUGCCUACCCUCCAUAUUUUGUCACUGGUGUCCCAACGAUGGUCCCCAUCGCCCCUCCAUCCCUGGUGGACAAGAUGUCUUCCGUACCUCCUUCAGAUGGCAGCAUACUCACAGCAGUGCCGAUGCAUGCUGUAGGGGUUCCCUACCGCGUGCCUUCACCUCAGGAUCAGGACUCUCUCAGGGUGCUACAGUAUGUAGAGAAACAGCUGGCUCACUUCAACCCUGCCAGGUCCAGCAGCCACCAGUCCUGUAGCCUGUCCGAGCUGAGCUCCCUCCAUGAGGGAGAAACCGGCUUCCGCCAAACAUACAGAAAUGUCCAGAAGAAAGCUCUGCCGGCCAUCCCUGACCACGACCCACAGGCAGAGCCCCAACGCUGCCGUGACAACCUCAGCCCAGAGCCGCAGCGUUUCCGUGACAAGUCUCCUUCACCCCAACGAUACCGCGAUGACCCCGACUCAGAGCCCCGGCGCUGCCAGGAUGACUCCCUUCCUCCAAGGCGGUACAGUGACGACCCUCCAUCCUCCUCACAGUCACGCAGGUCCGGCCGAAAUCAGCGGCAACAGAAUCACAGCGACGAGGAAAACCGCAGCAGGUGGAACCCUCGUUCAGAGCAUCUGCACAGAAAGUCGUACCGUACUGCGGGACGGACCGGCUCGCUGGAUGAGCUGGAGGAGUUUGCAGCUGCCUACAGGCAGAGAGGAGGCAGAGGGGAAGUUAAAAGGGAAGACGACAGGGGAAACUACGAUAUGGAACUUCUGGAGUUCAGUCGAUAUCCUUCCUACCGUAACGGUCCACCGCAGCAUUAUUACAAUGAUGAAAAUGAGCUUGGAGACAACAGCGACCGUGAAGAACAUCCCAGACGAAACAAGAAAAGCACACACAACAUAAGCCCACUUCAGUCACCCAAAAAGAGGAGGGGCACUUGGGACAGCGAGCGCCCCGUGCCACCUCCUCCCAGAGUCAGUCCGCCAUCAACUUCUUCUCAGGAGAAGGACUACGAUGGCACAUUCCUGAACAGCCUACUGGAGCGAAAGGCUAAGUUGCGAGGGGUCAACCAGGGGAAGAGUGGGGCCCGGGGUGAGGAGGAUUCAGACACGCCCUCAAAGGGCAGCUCAAAAAAGAGCAGCGGGGAAUCUAGUCGGCACUGCAGCCGCUCACCCAGUAACAGGCCCGAGGCAGACUCCCUGCCUCCUUACUCAGACACAGAGCGAAGCAGAACUGACAGGCCAUCUCCACGGCCGCUCCCAGCAAACGCUCGCUCCUCUCAACCUCCUGUCCAUCCCCUGCCCGCUCGCAGAGAGGAGCCCAGAGACAAGACCCGGAAAGUGGGCACUCUUCUCAGCCGGGACUCCCUCGUCGUCUGAUGGAGUAAACACACACACACUGAGCAUUCACACACAACAGGAGCCGCAAUUUCAGCUGAUUAAAGAUGAUAGAAGUGACUUUUGUUGCAAAAAUAUGCAACUGAGCAUGAAGAAAAGCUGAAUCAGCACAAAUGAAUGAAGAAACAGACGACAGACACUAGACUUGUUCAAGCUGAAUUGCACCUUGCCUGGACAGUGGACGACAGCAGAAGGCCGCAGCAGGGGGUGGUGACAAAAAUUUGGGAUAAAUUGUGACAGUUUUCUGACUUUUCCAGCAGUCUAAAAGAGAGAAAGUCACAGACGCACCCACAUCCUUUUUUUUUAAAUUCUUUAUUUUUAUAGAAAUGCCCAAAUAUACAGCAGAACAUACUGAAGCAAACAGUUGGUCACCUAUACAUUCAUUCUGUUAUAGCACUGAUAGAAAUACAUGUCAGAUAUCAUACAAUAAUGGCUCCGAAGCACCCACAUCCUGUUAGAUUUGUUUCUAAUUCAUUCAAGUCUUACUAGAUCCCAAUAUCAGCUUGUUCACAGUCUCCAGAUAUUGUGAUUAUGACACAGUAACAUCGUUAAACGUUAUACAGGCGAGCUGUGAUUUCUAUUCAUGGUUCAACCUUCAUUUUACAUCUUAUCAGUUUUCUGCUGUAAGCACACAUGUCCCCUCAAACUGCAUAACCUAAAUCAAAACAUCAGACUUACGUGCAUCUAAACACACAACAGUUUUCAGAUCAGAUCAGUCAGACAGCCUAAAGUCAGAGCUUCACAUCCGUACGGAUGAUAUUUUAAGAAUCCUCACAUCCACUCAGGCUACUGACCAUAAGUCAUUGUGUUGUUAAAAAGUCCUGCUUAACAUAAUUAAAACAGUUCAGUGUUAAUAUACAGCAGACUACAUAUAAUCAUAAUGAAAGUAUGUAGUCUCUAUGACUGCAAAAGGUCACCAUCGGCCACAACAUGUGUUCUGUUAACAGAAUAAAUAAAUCUUUGAAUAAAUUCCAAAUCUCUGAAAUUCAACAGAAAUGAAAAGUUUAUCUAAUACAGCAUAUUGUUUAGUCAACAUCUAAACCAAUCAGCUGAGAGCCAGGUGUUUCCCAUCAUGCCCUGGGCCUUGCAGUCGGGGGAGAGCGACUGUGGCGCCUGGCUCUGAAAUCUGCGGCUGCCACGAUGUGGCAAGAUUAUCGCCGUCCACUUUUGCACCAGCAUGCUAUGCUCGUCGAUGGUCGAUGAUUGAUUCUACUCCGGACUGGCUCAGCUUGAAUGAGCCUACUUUUACUAUGGAGACUGUCACUGGAGUUUCUGCCUGUGACGUCGCUGAAUAAUGAAGUCAUCACUGUUCAGUCUCUGUCACUGGCUGCCUCAAAUAUAUCUCCUCUGGACUAACACUGAACUAAUGUGGGCUGAGUGUAUGACCUGGAUCGUCCCUCCCAGCAGGACGCCGUUUGUCCUCUCCCUCAUCCCUUUUAGAAAAGACUUGCUUUACGCUUCGAGCACAAUGAGUGCAUUCAUCUCCAUUUGAUGAGGUAUCUGCUUUAAAUAAGCACAGUUGUAGAAAAGGAGGUGUAUGACAACACCAUUAUUGUAAAGAACAGACUGUAGCUUCAGCUGAAUGACAAUACACGCUCUGUGUCGUUCAGUAACACAUUCAGGGACUAAUUCAGGCGGCUUUUACAAGGAGAUUAUAAAACUAAAGCUGGAAGUAGUAACCAACAAAUGCUGAUAUGUUGUGUAUUUACAGAGGGGGUGGACAGAAUAAUGUAAACGCCUCAUGGCAAAGGAACCUGAAAGGUGCAUUAAACGAAAGUAGGGGCAGCCCUAUAAAUGUGAAAGUUACUGUCUUACUGAGUGAGAGAUUACACCAGUAUUGGAGUUUUCCCACUGGCUGUUGCUCUAUCAAAGUUACCAAACCAUGUAAAAUCGGCCCAGACUCCAGAAGAUGUCGAGAAUACUUAACAUUUUAUGUUUUACACAAAUAUCAGCGUUUCUAAAAUGCUGUAAUAUAUGAGCCGACUUUGUCAUUGGAAGGUGGAGGGGAUGGUGGAUGGCUUGUCAUGUUGGUGAGAUGCCUGCUGAGCUGCAGACCACUGUUCGACACUAACAAAACUUGUAAUUGAGUCAUUAUGAUUGAGUCAUUGUUGCGUUUCCAUAGGCUUUUAGGCAUGAAACGUAUGUCUAUUGUCGCAACACGUCAAUGUUUUUCCAGUGGUUGUUGACGUUCUGGACAUCAGUGUUUUGCAGCGACCCUGUGGCAGGGAUAAUAGCACGAAAAACGGUUAUUAUUUAUCAAGAUAUCAGUGUUUUUCCCUCUGGGAUUGUGCCCCAAAAAACGUGUUUUUUAAGCCAAAA